UUUAGUGAGUCACUGAGUGUUGGUGCGGACGGACGAUAGGGACUGCAUAGUUUCCAAAAGAAAAUAUGUAACGAGUAAGCUGAAGAUUUUGCCUCGUGACUAGAUGUUACCUUGCAUUGCGCCAUGUCAAAGCGGACGGUAGUCAACGACGUGUACAAAGGCUUGGUGGAAGCGUUCCAGAUACCUGCGGAACUGCACGAGCGCGAUGGCAAGAAGUUCGCGAGCUUCGGCUCCGUGUUACCCAUACACUGUGCCACGCCCGAACAGCUCGCGGAGAGAGCGGAGACUACUCACCACUACUGCGACGUGUUCACAGACGAGGUGUUAGCACCACUCGGAGAACUCGCCUACGUGCGCCUCGAUGAAAAUGUGGCCGAAAAGGUGUUUCUGAACCGCAGCAAGCGUGUCCUACUGGUCUCCAGCGACGGCAAGUUGGCGCAAUGGCGGUGCGCACCCACCUUCGAGUCCGCCAACAGCUACCUGGCCGGCGCGCCCAUUGUCAACAAGCACGGCGCGCUGGUCUCCGUGGUGACAGCACGACGCGGCAACCAUUACGCCGUGUCUGCCUUCGAAGGUGAUGGAGGCUACUUCGCAACCACCAAACACUGGGAGGUCAUCGACAAAGAAGACGACAAAAUGUACUAUGGCGACAAAGGUUUCUCGACACGCGAGGAGCUUACUGCAUACCUCCACGAACUUCCGCCAGUCGAAGUCAACGCCUCUGCUCCUCCGAAACCUGUCCUGCUGAAUGGAAAGUCGCCCAGGAUCGCCCUGGUGGCGGAGAAUGGGAGACAGCUUUCGCACCACUAUUUGUGCGGGGUUUCAUCUGACAUUGAAUAUUUGUAAAGCAAAAGUAUCAGAUAUGUUUUGAUUAAAGUGCAGGUUGCCCUUUUCCACUCACAACGAACAAGGUAAUAAAGAUUAAUUAUUUAUGUAUAAAA